AUGCAGCUCUCACCUUUCACCCUCCUGACCUUGGCCCUUGCCCUCGUGCAGACCUCUUCUGCUGCCCCCGCCCCCGCCGAUGCUCUGAGCAAGCGAACCGUCGACAAUCUCCCCCCAAGUGACCAGUUCAUCGAGUGCCCAGGCUACCGCUACAGCCGCGCCCAAGUCGAAAAGGCCAUCCAGCGAGGAAUCAACAACACCCCAACGAACGAGCCCCAGCCCGGCGGCUACCCUCACACCUUCGGCAACAACCGCAAGCUAGACUUCGCCAAGGAAUGCAAGGGCAAGACGCUGUACGAGUUCCCCCUCCUGCACGGGGAUAGCAUCUACGGGGGUGGCGACCCUGGCGCCGACCGGGUCGUGUUUUUCAUCCACUCGAGCAAUCCCGACACCAAUCCUACGCGGGAUGGCUCGUACUGCGGUGUUAUGACUCAUGACGGGGCGCCGGCGGGCGAGUUUGCGUUGUGCCCGGUGAAGGAUUAA